GGAUUGGGGGUUUGGGAGGUAGUGAGGCGCGGUCUAUCACACGGAGAGCAUGGAGUAUUUGCUUAUGGAAUGGCUGCCGCUGACAGGUGGAUGGUGUCUUUUACCGAACGCAGCGCCCCCUGUUCAUCCACCGGCUAACACUCGCGAUGAGGGGCGUUGUGUUAGGGGCAAGCUGGGUGUCCUCUGCCAUGAGGUGAUAAUGGUAUGCCUUCAAUGAUUUAGAUAUGAGGACGGCGUCCUUGUGGACUGCCAUGGCCCAAGUAUCAUCUCGCUCGGGUAGAGAUCCAGAUAGUGAAAAUGUUUCACUUUUGUCUUGGCGUUCAUUGCGAUUUGAACUCAGGACUGUAUUUCUAGAACUAGUGGAAAUGUCUCUUUGUUUUCUACAACAAUCCUCAGCGUUUGUCUGCGCCAUCCUACACCAACAAAGAAAGUUAACAAAAAUACUUGGUGGAAUAAGAUUGUCUGGGGAGCGCACCAACGACCAGAGCCUGUGGUUGGAUGGGACUCGGCGUCAGCCACCUGUCCUGGGACGCAGCACUGUCGAGGGCUUUGGAUAGACAUCCGGGGAGAACCCGAUCGGGCACGGCGCACGACUAUCGUAGUCCCUCUACUACUGUGGUUGCAGGGGUAUCUGCGCAACUGGGAAGGGUACAGGUGCAUUGCACCGGAGCGAAUGGAUCAAGAAUACUAGACAGAGAAACGACCAAGUGCGUAGCGUCGGGGAGUGGAGCGAGAAUGGGUCAUCCUCGCCGUGGUGGAAAGGAGGGAUGGUUGUCGAUUCGUUCCAUUUAUUCAAAUUCGUUCACAUUUGAUUGUGGGAGUAGCGAGUUGGCAGCGUUUUCUCAGUUUGACUAAUGUUUCAGGUAUGCAGAAGAAGCAAGAAGCUGGUACCGCCUCUGAUCUUUUACAUAUUCCAGGGUCCGAAGGCCGUUGAUUUGCCGUAUUUGUCAAGGGUAAACCCGUUAGGAAAUCGGGGGAAGAGGGGGGGCGGUUGUAGGAGCGAGGAGAAAGGCGUAUACGUUGCAGCGCUGGAACACGGAUGAAUGAGCACUGUAUUACCUGAUGACCUGUCAUAUCUAAGACGGUCCUGUCCGGAUGGGCUCUGCCGAGAUGGAUGUGGAUGGGGAGGAGGAGGGUGACACAAGGCGGCUGACAAGCCGAGGAACGAUGGGGGAGGAGGAACAGGUUUGAGGGUCAUCCCAGUCAAGUCAGAGGUAGAGCAAGGCAUGCUGGGUGGUGGGGGACCACUUGUGGCACUGGAUAAGACCGUCCGUGGGGCAGGAUGAAACACAAACUCGCGGAACUAGAUGCGGGUCAUGGAGUCUACAAGAAGACUAAAGGUUUUUGAGCCGCGUAGAGAACGGCUCGGGGAUUGAUUCCCUGAUUGUGGGUUGAAUUGGGAGACCGACCCCAUCCCGUGUGGCUGAAUGGAAGAACGACUCCCCUUGCCGUGGGGAUUGAUUCUUUGAUUGUGGGUCGAAUCGGAAGAACGACCCCAACAAGCAAUCCAACCCACGAUUACAUCCCCCAGCCCGUGUGGCACAGUUACGUUCCCCAGCCCAUGUGGCGGCUGAAUGGAAUGCUACAGACAAUCCAACCGGUGAUAAACAGUUCAUGAUUUUGAAAGCUGAUGGAAUCAGACGAAUACCAUAAUGGUAAUAGAGUCGACCUCAUGGAGAAGGAAAACAGGGCAGAAGGACAAGCGGUGUGGACCGUCCAAGGGAAGAGCAAACACGCCAGCCACGAAGGGCAAAUCAGCGGCGACAACAACAAGAGGAGGAGAGUCUCAGGUGCCAAGGAACUCUCGAUCUCAACAGGAGGAACGGGGGGGGGGAAACAGAGGUGUGUGUCGAGAACGGUGGGGKGGGGAGGAGGACGAGCCGAAGGGAUUCUGUAAACAUAGUAUGAUAGUACUCAGUGAAAUCUUUUUUUUUUUUUCUUUUCUUUUUUAAAGUGAAGCCUCUUUAUAUAUUCGAAUAAUUCGUGUUUGGUGUUGAUGCUGAUUGAUAUUGAUACAUGUUGAUGAUGUUCUGAUUUCCUACCUGACGUUCUUUCUUCCUUUUCUUGUUGUUUUAAUUAGACUACAACCUUCGUCUACUCAACCUUCACACACUCACGCUUCCUUCUGUUUGGCCAAAGGAUCCCUGAUCCGCAUCGAAUGGUCAGCGAAGGCAGAGGAUUGACUGUCAGCUUGCCUUUCUUUUAAGACUCGACUAGAGAGUCUGCCAAAUUUGUCCAUCUAUUGAGAAGCUAGAAUUGUGGAUGGGUAGAGUCUGUCAAAUUUGUCUGCCUUUUGAGAAGCUAGAAUUACUCCUAUUUCUUUUUUAAAUAAUAAUAAUAAUAAUAAUAAUAAUAAUAAUAAUAAAAAAUUACUCCUAUGUGCUUAGAGGAUUGACUGUCCACUGGCCUCUCAGAGGAUUGACUGUCCACUGGCCUCUCAGAGGAUUGACUGUCCACUGGCCUUUCCUCCUCUCAAAUAACCUACUAGAGACCAACUGGCCUAGCUCAGUUUGUCUACACCCCUGAAAUGUCAACUAGCCUUUCCUCCUCUCAAAUAACCUACUAGAGACCAACUGUCCACUGAGAGAUGGCCUUUCCUCCUCUCAAAUAACCUACUAGAGACCAACUGUCCACUGAGAGCAGAUGGAUAAAAGUAAUGCCAACUA